AUGAAGGGGGAAGGCUCCAAGGACGCGAGGGACACCGGGUCUGGGGCGCACAAGCGCCCAUCCGGUAGGCGGAGCCGCGAGAGCGGUGACCCCUCCGGAUCUGACCCGGACUCGAGCUCGGAUGACGGCUACGACGAAGGCUACAGCUCCAGCGGCUCGGACGACUCGCUGGCGACCGUGCCCACGCACUCCACGUCGGUGACGACACAGGAUGGCAAGACGGUGAUGAACUUCAGACCGUAUGUGAGCUCCAGCUCGCUCGAGGACUUCGACGACAAGGCCCCAUACCAGGAACGGACAAGAUGGUGGGAGCGAUUCCUCACCCUGACGGUCCAAGGUGGCUGGACGGACAGCAUGAUGGUCUACGAGCUGCGUUUGAAGCUGCCUUCGUCUGCCCGCAACUGGCGUCAACAACUGCCGAGGCACACACGCGACACCUGGAGUUUGCUGUCCCGCGCGUUCAAGAACAAGUACUGUCGGUCGAAGGUGUCCGAUUCGGAGCGAUACUAUACCAUGGCUCAGAAGCGGACCGAAUCGACCCUCGACUUCUUCUACCGACUGAAUGCUGGGGCGAACAGGGCGAAUGUGAACUUCAAGAAGUCGCCGAGGACGCGGGAGAUGCACAUCAAGUGGUUCAUCCGGAACCUCUCCGAAUCAAGGUUGCGGUCCAGUCUGAAGAGUCAGCGCAUACACAGCAUCGACGACCUGGAGUUCAUUCUGCGUCAGCAUGAAGACGGCUACCAGGACAGUGCGCGCGAGAGCUCGUCCAGACCGCGCGACUUCCGCGCGGACAAUCCGCAUCGCGAGCGGUACAGACCGAAACCUGCGGGACGUGCUUACAUCGCACAGAGCGAAGACGAAUCGGAUGAGGAGGAUCGACACGUGCGCUUUCAGGAUGAAGUGGAGAACCGCGCACUGACGAUCGCACCGAAUCAUGAUUCGGUCCCACCCGCUCCGGCACGACCAGUCGGACCAGAUCCAACCCUGGCGGUACUGAAUGAAGACGUUCUGCGCAAUGCGGUGUUCCGUGUGAUGACGGGUUCAGGAUGGAAGCCGCCGCCGCCGGUGCGGCAGCCAGGGGCGUCGAGAUUCGGUCCGUCCUCCGCACCGCAGUCGCCAAGAGGAAGUAAUUCGGACUGGCACGAGUUCUGCGAGAAGUGUGAAAGGCCUGGACAUCGACAGGAGAAUUGCUGGAUGGACAUCGUGUGUGACCGUUGUCAUCGUCGAGGACACCCGAUGCGGGUGUGCAGGAUCAUCCCGUGCAGAAUCUGUGGUCGGUUCCAUGACGGACUGUGUGGACUUGCGAAGACCGUGGAAGAACUGAAGAAGCUGGCACAAGAAGGAGCCCUGAAGGACAUACCGAAGAACAUACUGGAUCAGCUGCUGGAUGACAAGGCAGAUGCAGGUGGGCAGUUAAACCACUAA